UUUCAGAGUUUUCUUCAUAUGUUGAUGUUGUUGCUGCUGUUGACAACGUGCGGAUAAGCAUAUUAUUAAUCGUGAUGUGUUCACCUAGUGGCUUAAUUUUGAUUUUAAUUGCAAGUUUAUAUUACAAUUGUUUGCUUUCUGUGAUCGUUGCUGCUGAUGAUGCUAAUGCUAAUAAAACCGAUGCCAGCAAGGGGCCAAGUGCUAAUGCUGCUCUUGCUAACAAUAACUCUUAUGGGGGUCGGUUUUAUAUUUAUUAUCAUAAUAAUAAAAACGAUAAUAAUACGCGAACUUCAGCAGACGAUAAAAUGAAAAUUAUUAGCACCAGCAGCAGCAGCACCCUCGGCUAUGAUAAUAUUUUAAAUCGUCAAGAACGUUUAAUAGAUCUAACGAGGAAGCAUAAAAUCCAUUUAAAUGGCUUUGAGAUCGAUGAAAAUUCUUUGCUAAAACAUUUGAAGGAACACGAGAAAGAGCUUAUAUUUGGCAAGAAUCGUGAAAAGCGUGCAGUAAAAUUAGUGCAUUUAAGUUAUCGUCCAGAUGCCGAAAAGUUACAGGCGGUUAACGUCAAACAUACGUCAGCUUCUUUGCAUCGCCAUAAACGUUCGGCUGCUGUGGAAGAAACUACUGCCACAACAUCACAACGUCAUAGUGGCGCCCAACAAAUGCCAGAGGUUUCACUUAAAAUUAAAGAUAACGAGCACACGGUUAAUUUGAGAUUACGGCAAACACCACAACUAAUCGACGAUGCUUUUGUAUUUAUACGACGUUAUGCUAAUUCGUCACAGCUAAUAGAAGAUUCACAUAAACUGGUAGCGAAAUUGGAAAGAUGUUUUUAUCAUAAUGAGAAUUCAGCAUUGGAUUUAUGUGAUGAUUAUAAUAUGCGCGGAAUAUUUCAUUACAAUAAUACGGACUUUAUUAUACAUCCUUUACCUGAACGCUUUGGCAAUUCGAGUCAUAUUAUAUUGGAAUCAGAAGGUAAAUGGUAUGAUAGCCUAUGGCCGAAUGCUUCUCAAUUCUCGGAUGUUGGUAUACAAUUUGAACCGGAUUUGGAAGAAUUUCAAGAAUUGCCCGCGCCAAAGAGAGCAGAGGAAGGGAACGUUACACGUUUCAUUGAUAUUUUGAAAGAUAAGAAAAAAUUGCAUCAUAAACAUCAUGUACCAUUGAAUUUGCGUUUUAAACCGCGACAUCAUCAACAUCGUCGCAAUGGCUUAUAUCAAAAGCAUUGCAAAUAUCAUAAUUCUACACAAGAAUGUAAGCAUCGACAGCGAAGGCAUAUAUCUUCCGCUGGUCAAUGGCAAAUACCGGAUGUCUUGCAUAUCGAAACGGCCAUCUUUGUCGAUAGCGAUCUCUUCAAGCAUAUGGCAAAGAAUUUUCCCAAAGAUACUGGUUCUCAUUUAAUACGCUUUGUUUUGGCAAUGAUUAAUGGCGUACAAUUGCUAUACCAUCAUCCCUCGUUAGGGCGUAGAGUAAAUUUUGUUUUAAAACGUUUAGAAAUCUUAGAAAAAGAUCCCUCCGACCUAAGGCGAUCAAGUGAUAUCGAUGUUUAUUUAAGUAACUUUUGUAAAUGGCAAAAUAGUUGGAAUCCACCUAAGGAUUCAGAUCCAUUUCAUUACGAUCAUGCUGUUAUAUUAACCGGUCUCGAUUUGUAUGUGGUGGGUAAGAAUGGUAAAGUAAUUAGCCAAGUGGUUGGUCUUGCUCCAGUGGCUGGCAUGUGUAUAUCGACAUCGUCGUGUACCAUAAACGAGGGCAAACAUUUCGAAAGUGUUUUCGUGGUGGCCCAUGAGAUCGGCCACAACUUGGGCAUGCGUCAUGAUACAUCUGACAAUAGUUGCGAUCCAACGUUACAUAUAAUGUCGCCAACUUUGGGUAGUGGCAAAACAACUUGGUCGAAAUGUUCUCGUACCUAUUUAAAUACUUUUUUGGAAAAAUCACAAUCGAAAUGUUUAUAUGAUCGUGGUAAAUUUACACCUAAUCUUGAUCAUUCCGCCGAUGGUUUAUUACCGGGUGAACGAUUUGAAGCCAAUCUACAAUGCAUGCUAAAAUAUGGCAAAGAUUCGUUAAGAGCUCGUACGCAGACAAUGUCAGAUAUAUGUCGAGAUUUGCACUGUCAAAGGGAUCGUUACACUUGGACCUCACAUCCGGCUCUAGAGGGCACCUCUUGUGGUGAAAACAUGUGGUGCCGUAAUGGUCAAUGCAUUGUUAAACGUGUACCAAAUUAUGUUGCCUCAAAACAUACCCUAAGUCUAACAAAACCUGCUUACGAUAAAGCCGGUUUUCUGGAUAACACUAAAGUUGGACAUUUGUUACAUGAAUAUCAAAAGCCUCCAAGUAGUUGGAGCGAAUGGAGUGAAGCGAGUGACUGCGAUUCUGGUUGUUUAUAUGGGCCUUCAAAACGUUUGGGUGAAGGCAGUAGCGGUUUGGUAACCUAUACACGCCAAUGUUUAGAUCAUAAACGUCGUUGUUUGGGUCGCGAUCGUAAAUAUCAAUCUUGCAUAGCUAAGCAGUGUUACAGUGUUCCCAUAAUUACGAUUGAAAAUUAUGCGAGAAGAGUUUGUGAAAGUGUACAGAAAUUUGAUAGUGAACUUACCGGUGAAGGGGAACAAAUUGUGGGAAAUAUCGAGGAAUCGUGUAAAGUUUAUUGUCGAACUAAGACGAAUGGAACAAAAUCGAGAAGAAGAACUUUUCCCGACGGCACAACUUGUCGCUCAAUAUUUUACGGGCAUCACGAUCCCUCCUAUUGUAUACAGGGACGUUGCGAGAAAUUCUCGUGCGAUAAUGUUACCGGAAAUUAUUACAAAAUCGAUCCAAUAUUCUGCAAAGUGAAAGAAAUAGAAAAUGAAAAUGCGGAAAGUGCGAAGAGAUCGAACACAUUUAGUAAUCAUAUACCAACGACCAUAAUUAAAUAUAGGGAGCGUAAUGAAAAGUAUAAUCAUAGGAGUGGACAUAAUGACGCAGAUGAUCAAGGCAGUAGAAGGAGCGAAAAUGGCUUUUAUGGUCCGACCACUGUUCGUAAUAAAUAUGAAAACGAAGUAGCUUUACGCCCCAAUCACGGCCAGAAUCCGAAAAUUAAAAUAAAUUCUCAUAAUUCGUGGAACAAAUAUACGUAUCAUUUGAAUGAUUACAAAACUAGUGAAACUCUGCCGCCUGUUCCGACCACAUUGAGACCGCAUGAAAAUGAAUGGAUUGUCAAGUCUGGUUGUCAUUCCAGUUGUAUGUUAAAAUCGAAAGGAGUACAAGUGGUAGUGAAUAGACGAACUGGUGUUAAAAACAUACAAUUAUGCACACAUUCAAUAAAGCCUUGUGAACGUUUGCAAACUCCCAUCGAAUUUGCGGAGAGUACCUGCUCUCGCUACAAAUUGAAAGUACGCGGCCUGUCCGGUCAUGGCACUCAAAUUGCUGCUAGUGUUGAAAAUCCGGAUCGUAGCUGUCGUGUGGGUUGUCAAGAUGAGUUCAUAAAGCAUCGUUUCUAUUUGGUUAACGGCAAAUACGGUCACUUCCCAUUGGGGACGAAAUGUUCCGCCACUGAAGAACGUUAUUGUGUGAAUGGAAAAUGUUUGGAAUUCGGAGCGGACAAUAUUCCAUUGCAACAGUCGCACAUUAGCUUAGCUUUAUUCCGUAAUAGACGUUCGCUUAAAAAGCAUAAACAUCACAUCAAUGGACGAAAUGCGUCUAAAAUACGGCGAAAACGUAGUUUUUUAUAUUUUGAUCCGGUAAAUAUAACGGAAACAUUAACACAAGAUUUUAUUAACGGCAUUGUUAACAGUAUUAUUAAAUACGAGGAGAAAAAUUUGAAGGAUGACUCUUUAUCCGAUGAUCAGAUAGAAUUUACCGAGCCAAUACACUAUUCUAUGAAUGAUGAACUGAUUGAAAAAUAGAAUCUUAAUUAAUUACGUUAGAGUUAAGAAUUCGUCUCAAUUCUUUUGCUUUCCUUUUUUUCAAAUAUGCAUGCUUUGGCUUUU